UUGCAUACCGAGUGAGGAGCUCAGCCACAAUAGAAAGCAUUGAAGCUUUGAGGCAGGGUGCACGCGGUCGGUCGGUCGGUCAGCUCCGUGUUUUUCCUGCUCACUGAUUUUUGAUCCUGAUCAGGCUGCUGAUCGAUCACUCAGAGCUGAUCACAGGAAGCUGUGUGCACUGUAAACUAAUCAGAGAAGAAGCCGGAGCUACUUAAAGGAUCUCAGCAGAGUGUCAUGGAUCAGAGCAGAUCAGAUCCUCCUCAGCUCUGACUGACAUGUUUCACUGCAGCAACGCUUUUAUCUUUAACUGAGGACAAACUACAGACUCAGACAUGUUUGACUCCAGAUGUUUCAUCCCGUGCUGCCUCUUAGUGCUGAUCUCUCACUGUCUCAGUAUAAACGUGUCGGAUCGGGACGGACAGACGUUUCUAACGGAUAUUUUACGGUAUUUCGGUGAGAAUGACUCAAUCAGUACAGAACACCUGAGCGACUUACUGCAGCUGAUAUCAGAGAGGAGAUCUGAGGCUGUGACUGAAGGAAACCCUCUGUCAGACCAGGAGUGUCCCUCAGCCGACCAGAUCUUGUCCCACUUUGGGUUCAGUAAUGUCAGCCAGCUGACUGUGGGACAUCUGGGCAGGAUCUGUCCCGCCGUGUUGACCCAGGUGCUGCUGCCCUCCUGCCCCUACACCGCCCCCAAAGCUCUGCAGCCUGCCAACUCCAGCGUGUGGGGUUACGGGUUUCUGGCGGUCACUGUGAUCAACCUGGCCGCUCUGCUCGGCCUCUUCCUCAUCCCCUUCACCAAGAAGCCUUACUUCCCCAAAGUGCUGACCUACUUCAUCGGCCUCGCCAUCGGGACGCUCUUCUCCAACGCUGUGCUCCAGCUCAUCCCAGAGGCUCUGGGUUUCGAUCCUAAAUCCGAUAACUACGUGGCCAAUGCAGUUGGAAUAUUUGGAGGGUUUUACAUGCUGUUCUUCGUGGAGAAGGUCCUGAGAUUGGCUCUGGGGUUAGAGCAUCAGCACGGCCACAGCCACUUCACUCCUGCAGAGCCGCCUCAGGAAAACUCCCUGCACAACGGAAACGUUCUGGAGAAGAAGGACUCCAUCGUUCUGACCAGCAUCAAUGUCAUCGCCACAGACAGGAGCAGCCCGAGCCCAGAACCAGUCACAGAUUCUCAGGAAGUCAAGAUGUGCCACUGGCUGCGUGGACAGCGCAUCUCCAGCAUCAAGACAGUGGCAUGGAUGAUCACACUGAGCGACGCCGUGCACAACUUCAUCGACGGCCUGGCUAUCGGCGCCUCGUUCACUGUGUCAGUGCUGACGGGGUUCAGUACGUCCACUGCCAUCGUGUGUGAGGAGUUUCCCCAUGAGCUGGGUGACUUUGUUAUCCUGCUGAACGCUGGUAUGAGCAUCCCUCAGGCCAUUUUCUUCAACCUGCUGUCAGCGGUGUCGUGUUACAUCGGCCUCGUGUUCGGCAUCCUGCUCGGGAGCAACUUUGCCCCCAACGCAAUCUUUGCGAUCGCAGGAGGAAUGUUCCUGUACAUUGCACUGGCAGACAUGUUUCCAGAGAUGGACAACAUAUUACGGGAACAGGAGAAGACUUCCACCAAGGUCGUCUUCUUCCUGAUCCAGAACGCCGGGCUGCUCACGGGGUUCACCAUCAUCCUGCUCAUCACCAUGUUCGCAGGAGCCAUCAAACUGGGCUGACGGAGGAACUGGAGUUUAAAUAAUACGAGCUGCUUCUCUUUCUGCUCACUGGGCUGGGCGGGAAAAUGAAUGUAAUGUGAAUGUUUUGUACAAACAAAACCAAAAUGAUGCUUUUAUAUCCUCUGACUAUCACGUUAGUUUACUCCAUAAGAAGGGAAAAUCUUUACAAUCAUUUAAUGUAUGAACUCUUAGUCAAAUUGUGUUUUUGAGGAGACAAUAAAUUAUUUUUUCAGUCUUAA